CAGUUGUUUGUGGUUUUGUUAUUAUUUUUGGAUAUGGCAGGUCGUGGGAAGCUGAUAGCGGUGAUCGGUGAUGAGGAUACCUGUUCGGGUUUACUGCUCGGUGGGGUUGGUGAGUUGAACAAGAACCGCAAGCCAAAUUUUUUGGUGGUGGAGAAGGACACAAGCAUCACCGAAAUUGAGGAGACUUUCAAGAGCUUUUUGUCCCGUGAUGACAUUGGAAUAAUCUUGAUAAACCAGUUCAUUGCAGAAAUGAUUCGACAUGCCAUUGAUGCUCAUAUGCUGUCCAUCCCUGCUGUUUUGGAGAUUCCGUCGAAAGAACACCCAUACGAUGCCUCUAAGGACUCCAUUUUACGUAGAGCUAAGGGCAUGUUCUCUGCAGAGGACUUCUGGUAAAUACCUCAGAAAGAGGUUUUAAAAACAGACAGUAAUGUGCUGCAGGAGAUCAAAGUCACAGCAGAAUACUGAUAUACAACAAACAUGAGUCGUAAAUCCAA